AGCCGAGCCGGGCCUGGCGGGAAGAAGCACGGUCUGUGAGGGGCGGGCGGCGCGCCGGCAGCGGCUGCGGCCUUCCCCGCUAGCCGCGAUUGGAGCGGCGGCUCGGCCAACGGCCCGGGAAACGGCCAGCAGAUGGGUCGGUACAGUGCUCCAAACGGCCCCGGGAGCUGCUGCAGCAGGUCUUGGCGUGUGGAAUGAGCUAAAAAGGAAAUUAUCGUGUAGAAAAAUGUCCCUGAUCUUAACCUGUGUGUCUGCGUUGCCAUUCAAGUCACGUCAGUUCGCAAUAGAAACAGAAGCUUUCUUGCUCUGAGCAGUGAGUACGGGGUUUGUAGCCGUGUGUAAGGGGAAGGGAGGAUGCAAGUCCUGUGGUAAGAUGCUGAGAAGCCUGUUGAAAGCAGGAACACGAUCUUCUUCCAAAUUUCUACCCAAAAAUUAAAAUAAAAUAAAAUAAAAACAAACACAAAUGAGAGAUGGACUUGUAAGUUAGGAAGUCCUGAAGUGAGUAGAGUACAUGGUGAAUCAACACCAGCUUGAAGGGGCUUUGGUACAAUGCUUUCUUCUCCUAAAUGUCCUACUUAAAGUGUAAAAAAAAAUAUCUAGCCUCUUCAGUUUGCUUUAGACAUUAUUAAUUGAUUAACUGAUUGAUUUCACCUGAUUGAUUUCAUCCAAACGCACUUGGCAAGCCAAAAGUAACAAAUUCAGCAUCUUUUAAAUGGAAAGUCCGUGCGAUUUGCAGAAGUCCCCUCCAUCCAGAUAAGGAAUGAUGUUCCUUUAAAGUGGGAGAUUGGAUUUCCUAGAGUUAAGUGAGUUUGCACAAGGGUAAGUGCUGCCUGAGUUCCCCACAGGGCUCAGGUCCUCCCCGUCACUUACACGUGCAUGUGUGUCUGCAGUCCGCAGCACAGGCCAGCUGCAUUUUACUGUUUUACUAGUUUGAGGGAAUUCCAUAUUUGUAAGCAUCCAAUAUUUGAGGUGUAACAGCAGAUGAAGAGACAAAACCAAACCUAUGAUAGGCAGCUGCAGAACAGCCGAUCACCAGAUAAUACUGGCUGUGAUUUCAGGUGGAAUGGUAACAGCCCGAGGCCAUGCCACAGAAAGAUGGAAGGGUCUAACCCUUCUCCCUGCUCCUGGCGUUUCCCAACAGCCCACGGGGCCGCACGUAGCAUCGCAGCGAUGAGUGGAGCGCGGGGGCUCCACGUGCUCGAUGAGAGCGAGCGGCAGCCGUCUGUGGCUUCAGUGACUGAAACCUCGCGAAAAUGCCAGUUAAGGCCUUUUCAAACGAUGCUCUGCGGGUGUAAGAAUAUCUUACAAGCUGCGGACAAGGUACCUCAAAACUGAGUAACCAAUAUAGUGACCAUACAGGAUGAAAAGAAAAGAGGUGCCCAUUUUUCAGAUGCCCAAGUUUGUUCUGUGAAACAGUGUUUUACUGUGAAAAAUGGAAGAAUCUUUGUAGACACCUUAAAGGUAGCUGAUGGGCUUAGAAAAAUGCUUUGUUUGAGGCAAGUUUGCUUGUCUGCACUGAGACGUUACCAAGCCCGAACUCUGAGCAGCGAUCUGCUUCUGAGCCAGAUAAAUAACUGUACCCAUGAAGAUGAAGUGUUCAGCCUUGUUGGCAGGAACAAGGCCAGGCUUUCUGAAAAACACGUGGGAAUUGCAUUGAACGUACUAUGGCAGUUGCAGAAGAAGAAGCCACUUCUCUUAAGGACUUCUGACUAUGUAAGAAAUCACUCCCAGUUUCUAACUCUUUGCUUUUUAGCAGAAAACAAAGUAGAACACAUGGAUAAUGAGACAAUAGUGGACACUCUGUAUAGUGUACUGAGGCUCAGUGUGGAAAGCCAUGAUUCACUGGCAGGAGUGCUCGUUACAGAAGCGUGGAAAAGAUUAGAAAGCCUUAGUUUACCAGCUUUGUCUAAAUUUGCACUGUGUUUACACAAGCAGCACAGACAUUUUAGUCCCCUAACUGGCAAAAUAGCACAUCUUGUGGACAUGAAACUGGAUUCUAUACAGGAUAUAAGGAUCUUGUCAGUUUUGAUGAUCAGCAUAUCUGAUGUCAUCUCACGGAGUUUUCAAGACCGAUUACUACAGAAGGUGGAUCAGCUACUGGGAGAAGGAGUCCACUUCAACUAUGCCAAAAGAAUUGUACAGUUUCUUCAACUUAGUAAACUGACACAUUCUCCAUUGCUAGAAAAAUGCAACAAGAUUUUCUUAAAAAGCACCUCUCAUCUUGAUUUAGACAAUAUUAGUCUUAUUUUUGGACUCUAUGAACAGCUGGGUUUUGACAAUGCGGAAUUCCGCUUGACUGCUAAACAGCUUCUGUCUGAAUCAGUAGAUGAUUAUCGUGAUCCUGAAGCCUUUGCAAAAUUAUUUUUUGUUCUUGGGCCUAUGGCUGAGUCCAAGGUAAGAGAAAGGUUGCUAGCAACUGCAGCACUCAUCGCAGAAGAAUUUAGCAGUCAUCAAGCAUUAGUGAUACUGAAGACAAUGCAGAAAAUGAAAUGUAGACAUUCUCAGCUGCUUGAAAAAAUGGUUUCUGUUCUGCACAGACACUUGGAUAGCUAUCACGUAUUGCAGUUGGUAAAGUUAACACAGUGCUUGGUGUUGUUGCAUUGCCGUGAUCAGGAGUUGUUUGCGAAGCUGAAAAUGUUGUUACUUGGUUUUCUAAAAUCUAGUGUCAUACCUUCUGAUACUGCUGCAAUAAUUCGCAUGCUGGCUAUUCUUCCAUCCUCUCAAGUGGAAGAAGUCAUUAUAAACAAAGCAACAGCAGUUCUACCUCAAUGCAGGCUCCAGGACCUCAGUUGCAUUGCUACAGCUCUUGUCAAAUGGAAUCAUUAUGACAAGCUGCACUGGCAAAACACUUCUCAACUACACGUAAAGCUUCUGCAAAAAGUAAAUGACUGUGGAUUUCAGAGGCUUCAGAAAGCCAGGAACUUAAAUCUCCUGUUGGAAGAACUCACACAUGUGAAUGGAGAGUGGUUGCAGGAAGUCAUCAGUGAGGAGACUGUGGCUGCAUGUCAGCGUUUGAUAGAUCAUGUAACACAGGCAAAUGUGUUACAGUUGUCUAUUUUUCUCAUGAAAACAAACCACCGCUGUCCUUCGUUACUUGACAGAAUAGCAUCUGUGACUGUUGAAAAUAUAAACAAGAUCCACCCACUGGAAAUGUAUUUCAUUCUCCAUCUUUUCUCUGUUCUGAACUAUGAUCCUCCUGCCAAUGAAGAGUUCUUUCAGAGUUGUAUCCAACAUCUGACUUCUAACUUGAGUUGUUUUGAAACUCAUCACUUGGUGCUGCUGGGUUAUAUUUUGGCAGUGGCUGGCUAUUUUCCUCCAGCUCUCAUAAGGACAAUAUUUGAUGUUUCUUUCUUAAGCAGAUUGGAUGCUCAGCUUGAAGUCCUGUCUGAUACCUUAAGGCAGAGGGUCCGCUCACGGCUUAUGAAACUGAACAGAGCAGUCUGUCUGGAAUGUCCGGAGUUUCACAUCCCUUGGUUUCAUGAGCAGUAUUUCCAGCGUGUCUUGUGUAAAGGCAUUCGCCGAAUAAAUCCGCUGCGACAGCAUGUUCACAGGAUGCUGGCAGAGAUCUUAGGAGGGAGCCAUUAUGCAAGAGUGUCUGUUCUCACACCGUACUACUAUGAAAUAGAUUUUGAAUGCAUUCUGGAUAAAAAUAAAAAGCCUCUUUCUUACACGGCUCAGAAUAUACUUCUGGAUGAUUUGAGGGGAAUACAUUUGAGACAUGACAUCAAGGAUGAAGAGAGAAAGGCAUUGCCGCAAGGGGCUCAGAGAAUUGCUUUGGAAUUUCUUGAUUCAAAAGCUUUUAGUAAAGAUUCACACCACCUGAAAGGAGAACCUGCAGUGAAAAAACGACACCUGGAAAUACUGGGGUACCGGGUCAUUCAGAUUCCUCACUUUGAAUGGAAUUCUAUGGUUCUGUCCACAAAACCUGAGCAGCUAGACUAUCUGAGAAAACGUCUGUAUGAAACACAGUGAUAACAAAGAUGUAAUUACAAGUAAAUAUUUUUUAUACACUUUGUAUAACAUUAAACUUCUUGUAACCCUAGAAUAACUUCCAAAAUCUGACGGUGAGUCAGCUGGACUAAGGCAUUGGGUGUCAUGAGACUGGAUCCUACAUUUGUUAGGGGUUGUAAAAGGCUGGUCACAAUAUGCUACAAAGAUGUGGUUGAGGUGCAUAAAAACUCCCAUUGCUAGAAGCUAUUGUUUAAGUAUAUGGGUCCGCAACAGUUUUGCCAUACAACUGCAUUAUGACCUACUGAGAUUUGACCAGAUAUAAAAUUGUCCAGAGAAAGAGCUGGAAAUAUUGAUUGUAGAAGAGGAGGUAGCAUAUAGAGUGGAAUCUGUGUCUGUCCUCCAGCAUGUGACAAAAUGAGCAAUAGGGAUCAAACAUAGUCUCUCUGUACUGUGAAACUAACAAACUGAAAUGCAGAUUUACUAAGAAUAGGACUGCUAAUACAGCCAUUCUGUUUUCAUCUUCUAGAACAGAGAUAACGUGGGUGACAAUGUCAGGGGAGAGGGUGUUGUGCGCUGAGGAACAUCCAGCUACUUGCUUUUUCUACCCUGUGUCACGGUGUGUGCAAAAGAAGUAAAGGCUUGAAUCCUCUGGAACGCCUUCACAUACCUAAAAGGUAGAGUAGCUUGAGAGGUCUGGCAGUCACCCAGACCCAUUAACACCUGCGGUCCAGUUCAGUGCAACUUGGAAGGGAUAACUGAGGGAUGAGGAGGAAGUACUGUUUAUGUCAGACAUAGGCACCCAUUAGUGAUUGGAUAAUUUGUGAAAAUGUUUGUAAUUAUCAGUUGGACCACUCCUUUUUAAUAGAAAUAAAACAAAAUUAAUCUGUA